ACUGUGGAGCAUGGCUUCCCCAACCAGCCCAGUGCAUUGGCCUUUGACCCUGAGCUUCGCAUCAUGGCCAUCGGCACCAGGUCUGGGGCUGUCAAGAUCUAUGGCGCACCUGGAGUGGAGUUUACAGGUCUUCAUCGGGAUACAGCCACCGUCACCCAGAUGCAUUUCCUGCCGGGUCAGGGCCGCCUCCUGACCCUGCUAGAUGACAGCAGCCUGCAUCUGUGGGAGAUCAUCCAUCAUAAUGGCUGUGCCCACCUGGAGGAAGGGCUCAGCUUCCAGCCACCCAGCCGGCCCAGUUUUGACAAUGCCAGUGCCCCUGCCAGUCUUACCCGUGUCACUGUGGUCCUACUGGUAGCCGGCAGCAUAGUGGCUCUGGGAACAGAGAGUGGCAGCAUUUUUUUUUUGGAUGUUGCCACCUUGACACUGCUUGAGGGGCAGACUCUCAGCCCAGAUGAGGUUCUGCGCAGUGUGCCGGAUGACUACCGGUGUGGGAAGGCUCUGGGCCCUGUGGAGUCACUCCAGGGACAUCUGCAAGACCCCACCAAAAUCCUCAUAGGCUACAGUCGGGGCUUACUGGUCAUCUGGAGCCAGGCCACACAGCGUGUGGACCACAUUUUCCUGGGUAACCAGCAGCUGGAGAGCCUGUGUUGGGGGCGUGGUGGCAGCACCGCCCCUUCCCCUGCAAGGCCAUCAACAAGAUUCUGUGGCGGAGCUGGGAGACAGGAGACCACUUUAUCAUCUUCAGUGGUGGCAUGCCCCGAGCCAGCUAUGGUGAUCGCCACUGUGUGAGUGUACUGCGAGCAGAGACACUGGUGACCCUGGACUUCACCUCCCGUGUCAUUGACUUCUUCACAGUGCACAGCACACAGCCAGAGGAUGAAUUUGACAACCCCCAGGCCCUAGCUGUGCUUCUGGAGGAGGAGCUGGUGGUGCUGGACCUGCAGACACCAGGCUGGCCAGCUGUGCCUGCCCCUUACCUGGCCCCUCUGCAUUCAUCGGCUAUCACUUGCUCUGCCCAUGUUGCCAAUGUUCCCAGCAAACUGUGGGCCCGCAUUGUAAGUGCCGGUGAGCGACAGAGCCCGCAGCCUGCCUCCAGUGCCUUGAGCUGGCCCAUUACUGGGGGCCGGAACUUGGCCCAGGAACCUUCACAGCGUGGGCUGCUACUGACUGGCCAUGAGGAUGGCACCGUGCGGCGGUUCUGGGAUGCCUCUGGUGUGGCACUAAGGCCACUCUACAAACUGAGCACAGCUGGCCUCUUCCAGACGGACUGUGAACAUGCUGACAGCCUGGCCCAGGCUGUGGAGGAUGACUGGCCGCCCUUCCGCAAGGUGGGCUGCUUUGAUCCCUACAGUGAUGACCCUCGGCUAGGAAUACAGAAGGUUGCACUUUGCAAGUACACAGCCCAGAUGGUGGUGGCUGGCACUGCAGGCCAGGUGCUGGUGCUGGAGCUCAGUGACACACCGGCAGAGCAGGCUGUCAGUGUGGCCAGUGUGGAUCUCCUUCAGGAUCGUGAGGGCUUCACAUGGAAGGGCCAUGAACGCCUGAGCCCGCACACGGGGGUGUUGCCUUGGCCUGCGGGAUUCCAGCCUCGCAUGCUGGUGCAGUGCCUGCCACCUGCUGCUGUCACUGCUGUCACUCUCCAUGCUGAGUGGAGCCUUGUGGCCUUUGGUACCAGUCAUGGCUUUGGGCUUUUUGACUACCAGCGCAAGAGCCCUGUGCUGGCCAGGUGUACCCUUCACCCCAAUGACUCUUUGGCCAUGGAGGGGCCACUGUCACGGGUGAAAUCUCUCAAGAAGUCACUGCGACAGUCAUUCCGGCGUAUUCGUAAGAGCCGUGUCUCAGGCAAAAAACGGGCUACUACUGCCAAUAGCAAGUUGCAGGAGGCCAAUGCACAGCUGGCAGAGCAGACCUGCCCCCACGACGUGGAGAUGACACCUGUGCAGCGCCGCAUCGAGCCUCGAUCUGCUGAUGACUCCCUUUCUGGUGUUGUACGCUGCCUCUACUUUGCUGACACAUUCCUUCGAGAUGCAACCCACCAUGGGCCCACCAUGUGGGCAGGGACGAACUCAGGCUCCGUAUUUGCCUAUGCGCUGGAGGUUCCAGCAGCCACAGCAGGUGGCGAAAAGCGGUCUGAGCAGGCAGUGGAGGCUGUACUGGGCAAAGAGGUACAGCUGAUGCACCGGGCACCUGUGGUGGCCAUUGCUGUGUUGGAUGGUCGUGGCCGUCCACUGCCUGAGCCCUAUGAAGCUUCUCGGGACUUGGCACAGGCCCCUGACAUGCAAGGUGGACACGCUGUGCUCAUUGCAUCUGAGGAACAGUUCAAAGUGUUCACACUACCCAAGGUGAGUGCUAAGACCAAAUUCAAGCUGACAGCCCAUGAAGGCUGUCGUGUGCGGAAGGUAGCCCUGGCUACAUUUGCCAGCGUGAUAUCUGAGGACUAUGCUGAGACCUGCCUUGCCUGCCUCACCAACUUGGGCGAUGUCCAUGUUUUUUCUGUGCCUGGCCUGAGGCCUCAGGUGCACUACUCCUGUAUCCGGAAGGAAGACAUCAGUGGCAUCGCUUCCUGUGUCUUCACACGCCAUGGCCAGGGCUUUUACCUGAUUUCUCCAUCGGAAUUUGAGCGCUUCUCCCUGAGUGCUCGCAAUAUCACAGAGCCCCUCUGCUCUCUAGAUAUCAGCUGCCCCCGAAAUGCCACCCAACCCAGCCAUAGGCCUCAAGAGUCACCCAAGCUGAGCCAGGCCAAUGGGACCAGAAACAUCACCCUGGCCCCAGAGAGCUGUGAAGGAAGCCCUAACUCUAUCCACAGCAAGCGAGCUGACAUCACAGAGCUACCCGAGGCCACACUCUCACCUGUGUCCAUUGACUCAGCUACUAGUGGGGAUACCACGUUGGACACCACAGGGGAUGUCACAGUGGAAUAUGUAAAGGAUUUCCUGGGCUCUCCUGAGGACUCUGAGAAGAACCUUCGGAACCUGGAAGCAGAUGAAGCCCGGGCCUACACCCUUCUGAUUAAAUGAGGUGCUGUGAGGCAGCCAGGCCUUACCACGCAGCAGCUGCCAUCCCUUGCUCCAGCUGGGACCCUGGCAGGCCUCUAUAAUGGUGUCAUUCCUGGAAGCCUAGCUGCCUUCCCUUAGCUGUCAGAAGCUUAGGGGACCCACAGUUAUGAUCAUCAUAGUUUAGUGCUAGAAAGGGGCUGUCCUGUCAAGACUCAAGGUCUUGAACAUUUAGAGGGCCACCUCUGAGUCUGGGUGUAGGAAUUGAGGCUCAUCCUGUUCAGUGAGCCCAUUUCACAGGACAGUCACUGAGGGUGGUAGGUCCUGCCUGUUGAGCCAGCACAUGGAGCUUAUGUGCCUACCAUAUCCUGCUAUGGACCCAACCUAGCUGGAACCUGGAGCUAUCUGGACCUUGGUAGCUAGUGCCUCUGCAACCUACAUUGGGCAUAGAUACUACUCCUAUCCUGUUACUUGGUUCCCUCCUAGAUCCCCAGCAAGCCCUUCCUCAGGCUGUCAUUAAAGGGCCUGCCUGCCCGCCCUGCACAGAUUGGUAUGGCCUGGGUUUGCUCUCCCUAGCCAUCACCAUCUGCUUAUCCCAGCUCACUGUCACCUUGCCUAGCUCCUUAACAUUGAACCCACACUUGUUAACCUGUGGGAUCCAGUCUCACUGAUGCUGGGCCCUAAAGACACCCCCAGCUUGAAGGUCAGCUGGAGGGAGUGUGCCAGGAUCCUCUGUCUUGCACUCCAUACUGUCCUUUAUUUCUCCUCAAGCAGAGUAUUUUUCUAAUGCCUGGACUACGCUGGCCAGUAAUUUCUAAAGCAGUUUUGGUACUUGCUUCUGGCCUGUGUGUAUGCUCAUGUGACUGGAAAUUGCGAGGCACCGUAACUGGAGUCAGUUGGGUGUGUGCAUGUGUGUGGGGUGGUGAGGAUGGGCUUCCCUGUAGACUCCACCUUGGGCUUUCUGUCUUUUUUUAAAAAUUAGUUUUAAUAUUAAAAGUACUGAUUUUUUAAUAUUGAAAAUAAAAGCAUUUAAUAUCUUUUAAA